AUGGGGCAGCAGCCUGGAAAAGUUCUUGGGGACCAGAGGAGGCCAAGCUUGCCUGCCCUGCACUUUAUCAAAGGAGCAGGGAAGAAGGAAUCAUCGAGGCACGGGGGUCCGCACUGCAAUGUCUUUGUGGAACACGAAGCCCUUCAGAGGCCAGUAGCGUCUGACUUUGAGCCCCAAGGUCUGAGCGAAGCAGCUCGUUGGAACUCCAAGGAAAACCUUCUCGCUGGUCCCAGUGAAAAUGACCCCAACCUUUUUGUUGCACUGUAUGAUUUUGUGGCCAGUGGGGAUAACACCCUAAGCAUCACUAAAGGUGAAAAGCUCCGGGUUUUAGGCUACAACCACAAUGGGGAAUGGUGUGAGGCCCAAACCAAAAAUGGCCAAGGGUGGGUCCCAAGCAACUACAUCACGCCGGUCAACAGUCUGGAGAAACAUUCCUGGUACCACGGGCCCGUGUCCCGCAACGCCGCCGAGUACCUGCUGAGCAGCGGGAUCAACGGCAGCUUCUUGGUGCGGGAGAGCGAGAGCAGCCCCGGCCAGAGGUCCAUCUCGCUGAGAUACGAAGGGAGAGUGUACCACUACAGGAUCAACACUGCUUCUGAUGGCAAGCUCUACGUCUCCUCAGAGAGCCGCUUCAACACUUUGGCGGAGUUGGUUCAUCAUCACUCGACUGUGGCGGACGGGCUCAUCACCACUCUCCAUUACCCGGCCCCCAAGCGCAACAAGCCCACCGUCUACGGCGUGUCCCCCAACUACGACAAGUGGGAGAUGGAGCGCACGGACAUCACCAUGAAGCACAAGCUGGGAGGCGGCCAGUACGGAGAGGUGUACGAGGGCGUGUGGAAGAAAUACAGCCUGACGGUGGCCGUGAAGACCUUGAAGGAGGACACCAUGGAGGUGGAAGAGUUCUUGAAAGAAGCCGCAGUGAUGAAGGAGAUCAAGCACCCCAACCUCGUGCAGUUGCUGGGGGUCUGCACCCGGGAGCCCCCGUUCUAUAUAAUCACUGAGUUCAUGACCUAUGGGAACCUGCUGGAUUACCUGCGGGAGUGUAACCGGCAGGAGGUGAAUGCUGUGGUGCUGCUGUACAUGGCCACGCAGAUCUCGUCAGCCAUGGAGUACCUGGAGAAGAAGAACUUCAUCCACAGAGAUCUUGCUGCCCGAAACUGCCUGGUAGGGGAGAACCACUUGGUGAAGGUGGCUGAUUUCGGCCUGAGCAGGUUAAUGACAGGGGAUACGUACACAGCCCACGCCGGGGCCAAGUUCCCCAUCAAGUGGACAGCGCCAGAAAGCCUGGCCUACAACAAGUUCUCCAUCAAGUCCGACGUCUGGGCGUUUGGAGUACUGCUUUGGGAAAUUGCUACCUACGGUAUGUCACCUUACCCAGGAAUUGACCUGUCCCAGGUAUACGAGCUGCUAGAGAAAGACUAUCGCAUGGAACGCCCGGAAGGCUGCCCAGAGAAGGUCUACGAACUCAUGCGAGCAUGUUGGCAGUGGAAUCCCUCCGACCGGCCCUCCUUUGCUGAAAUCCACCAAGCCUUUGAGACCAUGUUCCAAGAGUCCAGCAUAUCAGAUGAAGUGGAAAAGGAACUGGGGAAAAAAGGUGUGCGAGGGGUUGCGAGUACUUUGCUGCAGGCCCCAGAGCUGCCCACCAAGACGAGAACGUCUAGGAGAGCCGCGGAGCACAAAGACCCCGCUGAGGUGCCCGAGACGCCCCACUCCAAGGGCCCAGGAGAGACCGAUCCUCUGGACCACGAGCCCCCUGUGUCUCCACUGCUCCCUCGAAAAGAACGAGGUCCCCAGGAUGGCGGCCUGAAUGAGGAUGAGCGCCUUCUUCCCAAAGACAAAAAGACCAACUUGUUCAGUGCCUUGAUCAAGAAGAAGAAGAAAACGGCCCCAACGCCCCCGAAACGCAGCAGCUCCUUCCGGGAGAUGGACGGCCAGCCCGAGCGCAAGGGGGCCGGCGAGGAAGAGGGCCGAGAAACCAGCAACGGGGCACCGGCUCUCACACCCUCGGACGCAGCCGAGCCAGCCAAGUCCCCAAAGCCCAGCAGCGGGGCUGGCGUCCCCAACGGAGCCUUCCGGGAGUCCGGGGGUGCAGGCUUCCGGUCUCCCCACCUGUGGAAAAAGUCCAGUACGCUGACCAGCAGCCGCCUAGCAGCCGGCGAGGAGGAGAGUGGCGGCAGCUCCAGCAAGCGCUUCCUGCGGUCCUGCUCGGCCUCCUGCGUGCCCCACGGAGCCAGGGACACCGAGUGGAGGUCCGUCACACUGCCUCGGGACCUGCAGUCCACGGGCAGGCAGUUCGACUCGUCCACGUUUGGAGGGCACAAAAGCGAGAAGCCGGCUCUGCCUCGGAAGCGGGCGAGUGAGAACAGGUCCGACCAGGCGACCAGAGGCACGGUGACUCCCCCACCCAGGCUGGUGAAAAAGACCGAGGAAGCAGCCGAUGAGGUCUUUCGAGACGCGGGGGAGUCCAGCCCGGGCUCCAGCCCCCCAAGUCUGACUCCAAAACUCCUCCGCAGGCAGGUCACGGGGGCUCCUUCCUCUGGCCUUCCCCACAAGGACGAGACCGCCAAGUCCGGUGCCUUGGGGACACCUGUCGCAGCUGAGCUGGUGCCCCCCGCCAGCAGAGCAGGGCCAGGUGCGUCCGGAGGGACCGGCAAGGCCCCCGCCGAGGAGCCCAGAGCGAGGAGGCACAAGCCUUCCUCCGAGUCCCCAGGGAGAGACAAGGGGAAACUGUCCAAGCUCAAACCUGCCCCACCGCCCCCGCCGCCGGCCUCCGUGGGGAAAGCCGGGAAGCCCGCUCAGAACCCGACCCAGGAAGCGGCCGGGGAGGCCAGCACUGGCGGGAAAACGAAAGCCGCGGCUGUGGUCGUGGAUGCUGUGAACAGUGACGCCAUCAAGCCCAGUCCGCUGGGAGAGGGCGUCAAAAAGCCCGCGCUCCCAUCCGUGCCAAAGCCGCAGUCGUCCAGCAAGCCAGCGGGGGCCCCAGCCGGGGCGGCGCCCGCCCCCUCCACGUUGCCAUCAGCAGCCUCCGCCCUGGCCGGGGACCAGCCCGCGUCUACUGCCUUCAUCCCUCUCAUAUCGACCCGCGUGUCUCUUCGGAAAACCCGCCAGCCUCCGGAGCGGAUCGCCAGCGGCACCAUCACCAAGAGCGUGGUCCUGGACGGCACCGAGGCCCUGUGCCUGGCCAUCUCCAAGAACUCCGAGCAGAUGGCCAGCCAUAGCGCCGUGCUGGAAGCCGGCAAAAACCUGUACACGUUCUGCGUGAGCUAUGUGGAUUCCAUCCAGCAGAUGAGGAACAAAUUCGCCUUCCGCGAGGCCAUCAACAAACUGGAGAAUAAUCUCCGGGAGCUUCAGAUCUGCCCGGCGACAGCAGGGAGUGGCCCGGCGGCCACUCAGGACUUCAGCAAACUCCUCAGCUCCGUGAAGGAGAUCAGUGACAUCGUACAGAGGUAG